UACAAAAAUGGAUUACACGCUCACCGGGAUGAAUCUGAUGAGGCCAAACAUUAGAGAUAUGAACUUGAGAUUUGCAAGAGCUAAGCUUUUAUCAGGAGAUCAAAAUCGUACCUUUUCUCCAAAUUCAAAUAUCAGCACUGGUAUUGGUGUUACAAGUCCUAAAGUUGACCCCUUAAUCCAGGCUUUUGACAGAACAUUAAAUAUUACUUCUCCACCUGAGGUUUCUUCCAAAGAGGUUAAAUUCAGAAAUAUGAAAUUUAAGGUCAAAUAAAGUAGUCCCAAAAGACCAGAAACAGCCUGUCAAAACCAAAUUUAUUCAAAGACCAACCACCCAAAAUUUAAUAAUGAGGAGACGGUUCUUAACUCCUCCGAAUGAGAUUAAAAACCUACAGUUUAAGAGACAGCAAACGAAGCCUAAAGGCCAUAAAUAAAGGAAAACAAACAAUGGAUAUUGACGAUAUUAAUAAGAUAAUUAAGUAGACAGAUGGGUAGAUUUCAACCAAGAGGAGCAGCAUUUUCUAAAAGUCCCAGACUACUCCAAGCUACUUUCUCACCAGAAAUGUACAAACAAGUGCGAGCAUUACAAGCGAGGGAGGGAAUCCAUCAUCAUAGGGCUUCGAGAAUUAAUGAAAACGAAUAUUUAAAACUCUUGCAAAGUCAGAAAGGUGAUUUGAUGACAACAACCAGAUCCUCUUUCAAGUCAUCUUAUACACGAAACUUAACUAGAAUGGCUAGUAAGCUUUCUAGAGUUGUCAAGGAGUCCUCGAAAGAGAUGACACAGUCUAACUCAGAUGCGCAGUCCAAGCAAUAUUUGGAGGUACCAAAGCCUCAAUUUGGACUAGCAAAACGAAUGGAUUUUAUCCUUCGAAAGAGAACGAGAUUAAUAGAACGACAAAAGACCAAGGAAAAUAAACUCUUCACCUUCGGAGCUGAGAAGGACGAUCCAAUGCCAGGUAUCAUUGAUGUCCUCCGUGCUGAAGAAUCUGAUGAAUCUGACCACGAAGCUCGAAAGAAAUAUAACCCCAAGGAAAUAUUAGCAAAGAAGAAGAGAAGGAAAAUGAAAGAGAUUAAGAAGAUCAGGGGCAAAUAUAACAAAAUGAUAAAAUAAAAUCAACCUGAUCGAUGUUGAUAUGAACAAACUCCUCUAUCGAGACCACCAAUUUUUAUUCGUUGAGGACAGAAACAAGGAUAUUGAUAUUCCUAGCAAUAAGAGAAUCUUUGAAGAUUACAUUAAAGAUACCAUUGAUGAAGGCUCUAUAGAGAGUGAGAUCUCCCUCGAACCAGGCAUGAUAGUUCGAAGAAAAGGCAGUUUAGCCUCUAUAUCAAUGAUUUCAAAGAGAAUAGCAGAUUUUGAUGAAGGUAGUUCUUCACAAGAACUCGAUAUUAAUUAUUCUGAUUCAAAAGAAUCCAGCGAGAGUAAACCAACAAGUCAGACUGAAGAAAAGGUAUUACUAUAA